AUGUCGCUGUCUCCAUCCGCUAAUGACUCCGGUAUUUACGAGUGCCAGAUCAACACCAAACCAACGCUCUCCCAGAUGAUAACACUCGACGUGGUGGAGCCCCAAGCAAUAAUCACAGCGGGUCGAGAGCUGUACGUGGAUGCCGGUUCGUCUCUGAGCCUCACCUGCCAGAUCGUCAACGCCCCAGCUGCUCCGGAGUUCCUCCUCUGGUACCACGAACAGCAGGUUGCUAAUUACGUAGAACACGUGCACGUCGACACGAACCACGUGAAUGGGACUACAACCAGUACUCUUGUAUUGGACGAAGCACGUGUACACAACUCUGGGAAGUACACGUGCAGCGCUUCCAAUGCACGUGAGGCUUCCAUCAUGGUGCACGUACUCAGUGGAGAGGAACCGAGAGCGAUGCAGACCAACGGCGCCGGGAUGAGGCUCCUGUCCCUCUCCCCCUUCCCCCUCCCCCUCCUGCUGACGGGACUCUGCUGGCUCCUCCUGCUCCCCCUGCUGCUGCCUGUGUCUGCCGCUGCCUUCCCCUCGGCCUUCGCUGUGUUCGUGACUUUAGAGAUGAUUUAUAUUAUCCCAAAACUUGUAAUAUAAAAUCCUGAAGAGAGAACAGACUGUGUGUUUAUUCCCGUGUCUCUUCUUGUAUUUUUUUUUUUUUUUGUCUUUUUUUAUAAUAAAACUAUAUAU